AUGAAAUCGUUCAAGUUGCUGAUCAACAAACAAGUGCCAACACUCAAGAGAUUUAACAAUUUCUCAAUUUCAACACGCGUGAAUGUCAAGAAAUGCUACAGUGUUCACAAAUCCUUCACUAUUGAACCUCUAACAAAGGAAAAUGUUAAAGAAGCAAUAUUGUUGACUUCCAUGACAUUUGGCAAACAUGAACCAAUAAUGGGAAACAAAUUCCAACCAACAGACAUCUAUCAUUUUGCAUCUAUAUUAGCUCAUAGAGCUGUCGAAGAAGGAUUAGGUCAUGUUGCAAUUGAUAAGAGUGGUUGUGACCAUGUUAAAUCUGUAUUCGACGAUUCCUUCUCCACAAUUGAUUUCUAUCCAGAAGGUCUUCAAUUAUUCGAAGAUUUGCACACCCAAUAUUUUGAAUUCAUUGCCAACCAUCCACAACACGAAAAAUUUGGUAUUCACACUCCUGAAAAGAUGUUUACUCCUCAAAAUGUUGGAAAGAUUCUUCAUUUUCUUGUUGGUGUCACGGCUGAUUUCUAUCAAGGAAAUGGUGUCAUGUCAGAGUUGAGUAAGGUUCAUUUGCAAGAUUGUAAGGAACGAGGUUUCGAACAAGCAUUUGCCGAAUGUUCUAGUAAUUAUUCUACCAAGGCAUUGGAGAAGAAUGGAUUUUCAAUUCAGAAUCGAAUUGUAUAUGCAGACUAUGAAAUUAAGAAUGAAAAGCUAGGAACCAAAAAGCCAUUCCUACACGUUCCACAACCUCAUCAAUCUAUGAAUUUGGUUUGGAAAUAUAAAUUGUAA